AAUAACCGUGUCCAGGGCGUCGCGACGCCAACGCGCCUCGUUCGAAUACAGUGUGUUGUAAUAGUAUGACUGCGAUAUGCCUUAGGUACUAAAAUCACCAACGAGUUAGUGAAGUUUUAGUGCCAGUGCCAGAAAGUUUCGCAUAUAUAACCGUGAUAAUUACGACAAAAGUUACGCAUGAGACCAUUAAUGUUGAAAACGUUUCCCACUGUACUGCAGAGCGCAGAUUCGCAAUGUGGCUGCCUAUUAGAGCAUGUAUGUCAUAUUUCCGGCAGAUGAAGUAGUCUAUCUGUCGUAUGGUCGCCUUAUUUAUGUACCCUUGUCCCCCUCACCCGACAGUCGAGCAAAUAUACCCAUUAGAACUACCUCCCUCGAAGCGACAGAGAUAGUAUCGAACCCUGCCGUGCCGUCUACUAGUACCGAUUCCGGGAAAAACAAAAAACCGUCCGUUAGCGAAUCGCAUUGCAAUCCAAAGCCCGGGCCGAGUAAUAUCGGUUCCCUCGAAAGACCAAAAACCCGCGAAAAGAAGUCAGAACAAAAUUUAAAUCUAAAUGGUAAUAAGUCCAGCAAGAGUAAGCCAGUGAAUCCCCAGAAACUACUGCCGGAUUUUUACGGUUCUCUUGAAAGACCCACAAGAAUUCGCGGGAAAACUCCGGAACGAGCUUUCAAUUCGAAUAGUAACAAAUCUAGCAAAUCCAGUAAGUAUAGUUCAAGUUCAUCCAAGUCGCGUAGUCAGCCCAGCGGCAGUCGAGAAAAAGUCGAAACCGAACCGACGACCUCUCAAACACAUAUUAGAGACAGAACUUCAUCGGACUCUAUUAACGCCAAACCCCAAAAGACAAACAAAUUUAGAAGUAGUUCCUUUAGAUCAUUCUUAAGACCGUCUUCGAGUCGCGACAAAACCCCGGAACCAACGCCCGUUAGACCGGACAGAAAAAAAGACAAGAAGGCUUCGAAAGUGGUCACACCUAAACCAAAGUCUCCGGUUGCCGAAAAAAAGCCAUCUUAUUUCGACCUUCCGACGGUCCUUCGAGAAAAAAUCGAGAUCCCGCGUAGUGAAAUUAUAAAUACCAGAAGUGACCAAAUUCAGACGGUUAAAGUCGAGAAACCGAUAAAACGCGAAAAAUCCCCCGUAAUCAAGUUUUUUCGCGCCAAAUCUGCCAGUCCGCGGAACUCGCCACGCGAUAGGCAUUCUGUGGAUUUUGACUAUUUGUUCAAACGGGACGCUAGUCCUGGGAAGUUAUCAGUGCAUUCGGUUCCGCAGUUAAAACAAGGAGAAGGUUCAGGCACCAACCUGGCUGGCCAACAGAAUUCCCCGUCAUCAGAAAAGUCGUCACCCACAAAGAAAAGGGCGUUCUUCAGCAACCCAAGAACAAAAAGGGCGCAGGAGAUAGAAGCCAAAAUGGCAGGAAAUGAAUCGCCCUUAAGGGACCUUAUACAUCCAGCUUACAACGAACAUCUGAAGACACACAAUGCUGUUACAUUCAAACUUGUGCGAACGGUGUCGGACUUCACGCAGCAGUUGGGUCAGAUGUAUGAGCAGCAUGCCGAGGAGUUACAAAUGCUAGUAGCGAAUUUCCGGAAAAGGAAUGGAGAACUUAGGAAAGAAAGACCCGCCUGCCCGAGUUCUUUAUUCCAUACAUGGGAGACUCUUUUGCAAGAGGUCGAGAUCGACUCGCAGGCACUCGGAGACAUCGCCUCCAUCUUGGGGAGACAAGUGUCGCGACCGCUACUCGAAAGGUCCUUUCACAGGAAAAUCCAGUCCAGAAAAGUAUUCACGCAGCGGGAAAGUUACGAGACCAUCAUUGCCAAGACGGAGGAGAAGCUGGCCAAGUGUCGUCAAGAAUACAAGAACGCUUACUUGUCGUACUUAGCUGCGCCAUCCACUGAAAGUCUGAGUGCGUAUUUCAACACGCACAAUGCCUACAUUCAACAAUUACACGCUACGAACGGCAUGAUGGAGGAAUAUGGAAAAUGUACUCUACCGUCUUUACUACAGGAAUUAGAAGAAAUAUAUAGUGAUCUAUGUUCAACAGUGACUGAUGCAGUACUACAGGGUGCAGAAGUAGUUUCCAGUAGGGCAAUGGAGCAGUGUAGGCGAUACGAAGGAUUGGUUUCCCAAUGCAAAGCGGUAUCGGGUCCGUCAGACCUAACGCAUCUAGCGAGAGCCCUACCGACCCCGACUGGACGAGGGCCCGUAAUGAAAAGGAUAUUCGUGCCGCCGCAGCCACCACCGCCUCCCGACCCCGUCGACGGGGAGCCGCAAGACCUACAAGUGAAUGACAACAUCCCUCCCCCAUUAAAGGAUGAACUGGUGAUAGAUAGGCUAUCGGCGGUCCAAAUAAAACCGUCUCAUGACGUUCUAAGAAAGGAGGCCCAAGAUCUGGACGCACAGAUACGUCAGAUCCAGGACGCUUUGGACACUUUACUCCGCAUUCAGCAGCGGUCCGUCGAGGCUUCGCUCUACAAUAAAGCCAACGAACUUCAAGAGGAUAUCUCGAUGAAGAGGUUCGAUCUCAGAGUGGCGCAGCUGCACCUAAGCGCCAUCAAUAGACAGAAAGAACUGUUUUCGAGUAAAUUGGAAGGCGAGAUGGCGGGUCGCGAGAGGAAAAUGUCGUCCGCGUCGACGGGUAGUAUGAAAAAUAAAUGGUUAAAAGCUUUUAAAAGCUUGAAAACUCCUCCUCCGGAGCCGGAAAAAAAAAACCAAAUGUACCAUGCAGUAUCGACAAUUAUUGCAAUGAGGAAAAAUGGAUCGGCGGCGACAAGAGAAUUGCUCAAGGGUGACCCCGACGCUCACAAUUUCCAGGAAUAUACGUAUAAGAAAAUCACGCCGUGCGACGUUUGUUCCCAAGUGCUGAGAGGACACACCCGUCAGGGACUGAAGUGUCGAAUAUGCAAGAUGAACGUGCAUUUGGAUUGCCAAGACAAAGCCUCAAAAUGCCAGACCAAAGCCAGGCUGCUGAGGCGACAGAAAUCCACUUCUGAGAUUGAAACUAGGGUGCCAGAAACAAACAUCGAAGACGAAAAAUCACCAGAAGUGGACCAAAUAUACCAGGUCCUGAAACAGGCCACGGAAAUAUCUAACAGCAAACCGCGCGUUAACGUCGAAAUCAUUCCACCAUCCGACAAGUCGGCCACGGGUUCGAAUCCGGGCAGUUCCGGUAGUUCCGGCCAAAGUCUUAACCGUAGGGGGGUGCCCCCUCAGCCUUCAAGGGCGACCGGUUCGAUGUUGGCAGUUGUAAAUCCCGCUCCCUGCUCCACCAGUUCAGACAAUAGACAAGGACCCUCCGUCAACACUGAAACUUCCUCCAUGAGGCGGCGGCUUUUCGCAGGAAUGAAAAGCCUCACCGGCUUCGGGUCUCGCUCCAGGCACGGCUCGCCAGGACAUCGCUCCAUCUCCCUGCCGGAAAGAACAAGCAUGACGUCCUCCACGAGUGCUGUGAACAUUUGUCCGAUGUUGAGGACCAACAAUGUCGCUCCACAUUCUCCACGUCGUCAAAAGCUGAAUCUUCGUAUGAAAAGCUUAUCCCUAGAUUCGCCAGAAAGCACAGAACACGUUAGAAGAGGAAAACACCAUGGAGUUAUCACCGCUAGCGAUCCCCACUCGAACCAGAGCUCGUCCUCAAGGAUUCAGUUUUCCAAUGUUCCCCCAAGGCCUGUUCAGAAUCACGUUACACGAAGUGACCUGAAAGCAAAAUCAACCCCCUCGAGCCCUGUGCACAAUCGCCGAUUGCUAUCAGCGAAGAACAUUCGAAUGUCUUCUGUGGAACUUCCUGACGAUAAUGAGAAAAGUCCCUCAUCUGCAAGCACUUCACCAUGUCCCAGUCCUGUAGGAGGCAAAAAAUCUCACAGAUUGCUUCCAACCAACCUGUACGUGGUGCUCUACAACUUCAAGUCUCGUCAUCAAGACGAGCUUGAUCUUAAAGCUGGUUAUAAAGUAACUGUAAUAGACACUUCAGAUCCAGAUUGGUGGAAAGGCAAGUGCUUAGGGAAAGUUGGAUUCUUUCCUUCCAAGUACGUUUCCAAAUUAUCUUCAGGAGAGAAGCCAUUACAGGUUACACACAACUUGCAAGUGUCAGAUGGUGACAAUGGUUUGAUGCUGCUUAGAGAUCAGAUAGUGAUCCAAAUAGGAGAAGAAUUAGACGGGAUGGUGAUGAUCCGUUCUGGAGACAAUCGUCAGGGCGUGUGCCCGGUUAAAUUCCUUCAGGAAGUGUGA